AUGGCUGCAUUAUGGACCUAUGAUUAUCUGUGUUCCAUUCAUGAAGAGUGGACAUAUUUGCUUCAAUCGCACUGGGGCAGGAUGAAAGGCAUGUAUAUCGUUACACGAUACCUCCCCUUUAUCCUUCUCGCCACGGAUCUGUAUCUGAGCUUUACCCCGGAUGAAAACCCAGGUAAAUGCCGGACGUUGGACAGUAUUAGCUCAGGGUUAGGCAUGCUAUUAGUCAUUUGCUCCGAGUGGUUUUUCAUCCUUAGAACGUAUGUGCUCUGGGACAACAAUAGAUUAUUGCUCGUAGCCAUGCUGUCCACCUUUUUUUGUUUUAUCGUAGCAGCCCUCAGCAUUGCCUUCAUUACUACCGUCCCUGCAGCACAUACGACUAGCCCGAUCCCAGGAAUUACAGGGUGCUACCGAAGUUCGACCAAUUACCAGCUUUUUAUAUCAUUUCUUUUCCUUUUUGUAUUUGAACUGGGACUCAUGAUCCUCACGUUCAUACGUGCCAUACAGAACUGGCGAACAAACCCAAACCGUCUGUACGCUAUCCUGGUGCACCAUAAUCUAGCCUAUUAUGCAUGCGGUCUUCCGAACAUAUUCACGUCGCUGCUCUUUCAUGACGCCUACCAGACCAUUUUGGAUGGUUUCCAGUUCAUGAUCCUUGCAAUCCUCGCCACGCGCAUGCACCUCUAUCUCUGGCAGGUGAACCGACAAACACACGGCUCUGGAGACUUUACGCAUAUUCCAAUGUCCGACCUGUCAUUUGUGACUUCUACGGCGUAA